GUGCCUGCCUGCCUGCCUGCUCUGUGUGUGUGUGUGUGUGUGUGAGCGUGUGUCUACUUUGUACUGCGAAGAACACAGCCCAUGUGCUCUGCAUGGACGUUCCUGCUACUCUCUUGAGCUUGAUUCUCGACAAGCAGGCAAGAUGUCCAGCACUCCACAUGACCCCUUCUAUUCUUCUCCUUUCGGCCCAUUUUAUAGGAGACAUACACCCUACAUGGUGCAGCCAGAGUACCGAAUCUAUGAGAUGAACAAGAGGCUGCAGUCUCGCACAGAGGAUAGUGACAACCUCUGGUGGGACGCGUUUGCCACUGAGUUUUUCGAAGACGACGCCACAUUAACCCUUUCAUUUUGUUUGGAAGACGGACCAAAGCGAUACACUAUCGGCAGGACCCUCAUCCCCCGUUACUUUAGCACUGUGUUUGAAGGAGGGGUGACUGACCUGUAUUACAUCCUCAAACACUCAAAAGAGUCAUACCACAACUCGUCCAUCACGGUGGACUGCGACCAGUGUGCCAUGGUCACCCAGCACGGGAAGCCCAUGUUUACCAAGGUAUGUACAGAAGGCAGACUGAUCUUGGAGUUCACCUUUGAUGAUCUCAUGAGAAUAAAAACAUGGCACUUUACCAUUAGACAAUACAGAGAGUUAGUCCCAAGAAGCAUUCUAGCCAUGCAUGCACAAGAUCCUCAGGUCCUGGAUCAGCUGUCCAAAAACAUCACCAGGAUGGGGCUAACAAAUUUUACCCUCAACUACCUCAGGUUGUGUGUAAUACUGGAGCCAAUGCAGGAGCUGAUGUCGAGACAUAAAACCUACAACCUCAGUCCACGCGACUGCCUGAAGACCUGCUUGUUCCAGAAGUGGCAGCGGAUGGUGGCGCCCCCAGCAGAACCCACAAGGCAACCGACCACUAAACGGAGAAAAAGAAAAAACUCCACCAGCAGCACUUCCAACAGCAGCGCCGGGAACAACGCCAAUAGCACUGGCAGCAAGAAGAAGACCCCGGCCGCAAACCUGAGUCUGUCCAGUCAGGUACCUGACGUGAUGGUGGUAGGAGAGCCAACUCUGAUGGGAGGAGAGUUUGGGGACGAGGACGAAAGGCUAAUCACUAGAUUAGAAAACACGCAGUAUGAUGCGGCCAACGGCAUGGACGACGAGGAGGACUUCAACAAUUCCCCCGCCCUGGGGAACAACAGCCCCUGGAGCAGUAAACCGCCUGCCACUCAAGAGACCAAAUCAGAAAACCCCCCACCCCAGGCUUCCCAAUAAGAAUGUCUGCACCUACAUCCAUUCUCAAUAGGCCAGUGGGUCAGAAUUACUGUUCCGGGUCUUUACUCACAGGAGAGAAAAGAGGAGAAAUGUACAAACUUUUCCACGCAAAUACCUAUUUCUAAACCACAAUGAUCUGAUUCUCUUCCACUAUUUUUUUUUUAAUUGAAAGGAUCAUUCCAAAUAAGCUUCUGUGACCGUACCUUGGAGGCUUUCGCAGGUCCUGCAGAUACUGGCACUGAUUGUAAUUAAAGCCAGUAAACGCUAGCGCAGCUCCUGGCAGGUUUUUAAUACCACGUUUGUGUUGAUUUUCCUUUUCACCCAUCCAGCGACGGCCAUAGAGUCCCUAAGUCCUCAGUGCUCAGGAUCUCAUUCAUUCUGCCGAUGACUUUUUAAUAUUGUAAAAUAUCUUCUGCUUUUUGACUUGCAUCUGAAGGGUUCUUGUUUCAGUAAAAAAUGAAAAGAAAAAAAAAAUCCACUUUUGGGUUGCCAUGUACUUUUCUUUCUUUUCUUUCACAUUUGCUUUCAUUGGGUAACAGCUAAAAGGGCCCAGUGAGGAGAUUUAUGGUCAAGCUGUUGUCAAUUGGUUCUUGAGUAAUUUAGCCCGAGAGCUGAAACAAGAAACGUCUUUUUGUCGUCCAAGACACAAAGGCAGAUUUUUAUGUGAAGAAAGACACUUGGCCCCGGAGAAUUUAUGCGUUUGUAAAAUUGCUGUUGAUCCAAAUAUUUUCAAGCCAUGUAAUCCAUUAAUUUCGUGGGCAGUUUAAUAAAUCUGAAACUUUUUUUUUUUAUUGUAUCUGAGUUGACUGUUCUUUCUUUUCAUAGUACAUUUCUUGUAUAAUACUUUGUAAAGCCCUCAGCUGGUUCUUUUAUGGGGACUUUUCUUUUUGGGGCAAUUCCAGUGUAUUUAUGUGAAACUUUAUAAGAGAACUAAUUUUCCAUUUGCAUAUUAAUAUGUUCCUCCACAAAUGUAAAGACACAGUGGCUCCGUGUGUUAUCAAACAGCUGUAUUUUAUGUAUGCUUUCCUGAUAAGUGUGCCAAUAAUAAACUGUGUU